AUGGCCCACCUGGGAGCCCACUUUGCCUUCAGAUCCCGCAGGCAGAAGACCAAUGAUGAACUCUGUCGACAUAGCAUGUCCUUUAUUCUUCACAAAGCCAUUUGCAAUGACUUCUUUCAGAGCUAUCUCUACCUGCUGGAAAAUAUUCCCCUGGUGAAAUUGUAUGCUUUAACAAGUCAAGUCAUCAAUGGUGAGACAGAGGGUAUGAUGGGAAAUUUCAUUGAACUGUCCAACCCAGAUAUCCAGGCCUCUCGGGAAUUUCUUAGGAAAUUUGUUGGGGGGCCUGGGAGAGCUGGGACAGACUGUGCCCUGGAUUGAGGCUCUGGGAUAGGAAGGGUCAACAAGCAUGUCCUGUUGCUGGUUUUCAACACUGUGGAACUGGUGGACAUGAUGGAAUCGUUCCUCCUCGAGGCACAGAACUGCCUGCAGGUCAGAGGGGACAAGGUAGAAAGCUACCACUGCUACAGUCUGCAGGAAUUCACACCCCCACUGGGGAGAUACGAUGUCAUCUGGAUUCAGUGGGUCUCUGGGUACCUGACCGUUAAAGUCCUUGCAUUUCUUUCCCGGUGCCAAGAUGGCCUGAAAGAAAAUGGCAUCAUCAUACUGAAGGACAAUGUGGCUCCGGAGGGCUGCAUCUUCCAUCUGUCUGACAGCAGUGUGACUCGGGAUAUGGACGUCCUCCAGAGCCUCAUUAGGAAGAGUGGGCUGGUGGUGCUGGGCCAGGAGAAGCAGGACGGCUCUCCAGAGCAGUGCAUCCCAGUGUGGAUGUUUGCACUGCAUAGCGAUGGACACUCCUGA